UUUUCUAAACUUAAAGAAUGCAAAAGGAUAAUGAGAAGUGAGUUUUGGUCACUUCAAAGCUCAAACCAGUUCAGUUUUCUAUUCCUCUUUUCAUGUACAGAAUCAGUUAAGACUAAGAGAUGUCUAAAAUUUCUUCUUCUAAAUUUACAAACCCUGAAGUUUUCUUAUCUUCUUCGAAACUCUUAACCACUCCAAAGUUUCCUUGUUUUUCCACUUUAAGCCUUUCUCUUUUCUCCAAAUUCCCUCCAUGUUUUCACCCAAUUUCUCACUCUCCAAGAAAAGCUCUGACCUUGGUUUUGUGUAAGCCGUUUGAAGCAGAGGAAGAGCUGUCCUGUACAGAAGAUGAGUGGCUCAAGAGACUCCCAGAUAAGUCCAAGCCUUUGUACUCUCAUAGUUUGCCCUGCAUUGAAGCUUGGCUCAGAAAUUUGGGGUUUUAUCAGAGUAAAGAUGACCGGGCUGUUUGGUUGAUUGAAAAACCUGAUUGGUACGCUCAGUUGUCGCUUGAUGUCACUGACCUCUACAUAAGGUACUUGAAGAGUGGACCUGGGAAUCUGGAAAAAGAUGUGGAGAGAAGAUUCAGUUAUGCAUUGAGUAGAGAAGAUAUAGAGAAUGCCACACUUGGAGGACCAUAAGCAAUCCAGCAUCUGCUUUGGUCUCAUUAGCAACAUUUAUGAAGAUAACUUUUUCUCUAGGAUUUCCAAAACCAGGAAGAAAUUUAAAUUACAAAUGCUAUGUUUGGUGAUAUAAUCAAUGAAAUAUUGGU